UAUACAUAUAUAUUGAUUCUUUGUCUUUUGAUACAUAACAUUGGAAUUGUACUUGACUGCAGCAAUGAUGAUAAUUGUUAUUUAGAGUAAAAGAACAAAGAAGUUGUUAUCUUUAUUAAACUAAAGUGUCAGCAAUUGUUUUGUAUGGACAAGAACAAUUCAUAUUUUCUUCAGAAAAUGUAACAAGCCAUUAUUUUACUGUGUGCAUAAAAGUAAUACAUUUAAAAGGAAUUUUAAAAAAGUGCUCAUAAACGGCCUUGUAGCUCCAACAUGAUUUCAGACUUACUGUGCAUGUCUGAGCCUGUGUGUGUAAUAAUUUCCAUGCUAUCUGCUGUGGUGUAUUUCUUGGAGUUUUCCAGUCACCUGUGUGGGGUUUAUAGAAAGUGUUCUCCAGAGACAACAUUAUUCUCCAUGUGCCAUCCUGAGGGACUUCAAAACACACACACACAACCACAGGGAGCUAAAUUGGAUAUGAAAGUUGCUUUAAAUUAAAGUCAGAUUUUAUGUAAUGCAAGCUGAGUUGUGUGCAAGGUUUUUAAUAAUAAAUGCACAAAUGUCACACUCUCAGAGAACAGGCUGCAUGGUUCAGAAAAGCCCUAAUAAACAAGUAAUGCUGCACACAGCUGUGUAUGGAAUAAACAAGACUCCAGAGAGUUUGGCAGAUCUGUGCACUGCAAUGAGGGAACACCUUGUGUAGGCAACCACUAGAUGAAAUAGGCAUUGCACGUUGGACAACUCUUUGUAAAGUAUGGAUACAUUUACCCUUUAAAAGAGCCAAGAAACCUUAUUCUGAAAGCUGACGAUUCAUCAUAUCGCUUUCAGACGCCGUAUUACUGGAUGUCGACACGCUGGCCUGCUUCAGAACUGGACUAUGCAAUCUAUUUGGCCAAGAAGAAUAUCCGAAAACAAGGAGAACUAAUUGAGUAUGAAAAGGAGUGCUAUAAUGCUUUACAUAAACGUAUCAACCACACCUGGGACUUUGUUGUGAUGCAGGCAAGAGAGCAGCUCAGGGCAUCAAAACAGCGUCGAAAAGGGGAUCGUAUCGUGCUGGAGUGUCAGGAACAAGCUUACUGGCUAGUGAACAGACCUCCUCCCGGUACGCAGGACAGUAUAGAUCAUGGACCGGAACGAAGAACCACGAACACACGAGUGCAGCUGAAUGCAGAAUUCUACAAAAAAGAGAUUGAACAUAACAGGAUAAGCCUGGCGAGGAAUCGUGUAAAGUCCUCCAUUUGCCUUGAGAGUUACGUUAAGUACUGUGAGCAGUACCAGCCCCAUGACCCCAUAAUGCAAGGAUGUCUUCCCAGCAACCCCUGGAUCACAGAUGAUAUCAUGUUUUGGAACAUGAACUCUGAAACAGUUGCUUUGCCGACUAAACUGCGUGUGGAGCGCUGGAGCUUUAGCUUCAUGGAGCUGCUCAACGACCAAAUGGGAAGAAAAGAGUUUCUCACGUAUUUGGAGAAAGAAUUCAGCGCGGAGAACUUGUGUUUCUGGCAGGCCUGUGAAGACGUUCGUCACGGCGAGACUGCAAAAAUUCCAGAGAAAGUGGAUGAGGUUUACAAGCAGUUCCUGGCUCCUGGUGCAAGUCGCUGGGUGAAUAUUGACAGCAAGACCAUGGAAAAGACCCUGGAAGGACUCAAGCGUCCUCAUCGUUUUGUCUUGGAUGAUGCUCAAAUGCACAUUUACUUCCUCAUGAAAAAGGAUUCGUACCCUCGUUAUCUCAAAUCUGAACUCUACAAGAACUUAUUAGCCAGAGCCAUAGUACCACAGGAGACCAAGAAAAGUGUUUUCCCGUUCAUGCGUCGUCAGCGUCACUCCAGCCCCUCGCCUGCCCUCGCCACCCAAACCGCAGAGGAUGAUGGGAAGGCAAAGUACUCUAACUCUAAUUCCGGAACAGCAUCCCGGCUUUAAACAUGCACACAAUAUUUACUGCUUUUUAUUUUUAUUUUGUGCUAUUAUGUUACCUAACACAGUUGUAAGUGGCAUCUCCAUUGCUUCUUGUUGUGCUCUACAAAACAGAUGUUAUAACUAAAGGUCAUUAUAUAAUAAGAAUUCUUGAUUCCUCUGUUCACAUUUCUCUAUAUGUAGAAAUACAGCUUAUCAUGCAUUUCAAAGACACUCUUUAUGAUGUAGCAAUAAUGUUGUAUGAGAUCAGAUAUAUUACCAACUUUCAACUGUUCAACGAAUGUGUUUUCUUCAGUGUUUUAAGUGUAACUUGCCUUUUUCACACACUUGUCUUGUCUUUAAUGUAUUUAUUUGAUAUAAAGUUUUUCCUUCCAGCUAUAAA